AUGGAGGAGAUUAAGCAAAAAGUGUUUGAAGCUAAACUAUGGAAAGCACCCAGAGAAGAUGGCCUGCUAGCAAUGCGGAACGCUAAGAUUAUACCACUUAAAAAGCUAGGGAAGGAUAACUACGCACUAGCUAAAUUAUGGAGGCCUAUAUCGUUGCUCUCAACACUAGGUAAAAUACUUGAAGCGGUUGUUGUAGAGAGGAUAUCAUAUGCUGUUGAAGAGUUCGGCCUGUUACCUACAAACCAUUUUGGAGCGAGGAAGAGGCGCUCAGCAGAACAAGCGUUGCUACUACUCCAGGAAGAGAUUUACAAGGCCUGGAGAAACAAAAGAGUGCUUAGUAUGAUCAGUUUCAAUGUUAAAGGCACAUACAAUGGAGUCUACAAGGAGAGGCUACUGCAGAGACUCAAGGCAAGAGGGAUACUAGAGAUCAGUGCCUCAGGAGGCUCAAUCGCCUUUAUGGAUGACUUUACAGCCUGGGUAACAGGCCCAACUGCUAAGGCAAAUCAAUCUAGCAUUAAGGUCAUAAUUAACAGCGCUCUCAACUGGGAGAAGCAAAGUGGAGCUACUUUCGAAGGCAAAAAGACAGCUAUUGUAUAUUUCACUUGA